GCUCUGCAGUCUGCGCCUGAAGAAACUCACGGUGCUGAAAGAGCUGGACAAAGAGCUGAGCUCCGUGCUUAUUGCUGUGAAGAUUCAGGGUUCAAAGCGAGUCCUGAGAUCAAAUGAAUACGUCCUCCCGCCUGGCGGCCUGAUGGAGACCGAGCUGGAGCUGACCUUCUCACUGCAGUACCCACACUUCCUCAAGAGAGAUGGCAACAAACUACAGAUCAUGCUGCAGCGGAGGAAGAGAUACAAGAACCGCACGAUCCUGGGCUACAAGACCCUUGCAGUGGGCAUCAUUAACAUGGCCGAGGUGAUGCAGCACCCGACGGACGGCGGGCAGCUUCUGGGUCUCCACAGCAACAUGAAGGACAUGAACAUCCGAGUGGCUGAAAUCAGCAUCUAUUCUUUGUCCAGUCAGCCCAUUGACCAUGAGGAUGGGAGCGUCCCCUCAGGUCCUAAAAUCAAAGCUUCAGAUCGCUCCCCAGACAUUGAUAACUACUCUGAAGAAGAGGAUGACAGCUUCUCCUCAGAGCAGGAAGCCAGCGAUGAUGCUGUGCAGGGUCAGGAUCUGUUUGACGAAGAGGAUGACUUGAGGAAAACCAAGAAGGCUAGGAGGAAAAUGAUCCGAACCACAUCAAUGACCAGACAACCAAACUUCAAGCAGAAAUUUGUGGCUUUGCUGAAGAGGUUUAAAGUGACGGAGGAGGUCCUGGACUCUGACCCUGUAGACCAGACCCAGGAGGUGGAGGAAGACCUUGGCUUGCUGUAUGACAGCCUGGAAGAAUGCAACAACAGUGACAGCGGCCCAGAGAUUGAGGACAAUGAGAGUGUGCACAGCACACCCAAGCCCACCCUGAGGCGUUUCUUUGAGGGAGUCUCUCAUUCUGGUUCCCAGACUGAGAUCGGCAGUCUGCACAGCCAGAAAGGGCAGGAUCAAGAGUCGGGCAGCCCUGGCGAGGCAGACAAGCGGAAACCAGGAGCUCUCCGACCACAGGAAGAGCCAAGAGUGGAGGUCCCUGCAGUGGAGCUGGCUGCAGAGGAGCCAUGUUCACGGCUGGCCCCCGCAGAGGCUGCCACGAGGGAGGGCAGUGUGGACAGGCUGGCCCAGCUGGGCCCCGGGACCAAAGCCGAGCUCCCCAGUGCUGUGUCCCCAAGCAAGGCGGAGAGCAAGCAGUUGUGGCGUCCCCGCAGCACCUCUGUGAAGGACCGACAGAGCUCAAAGGGACAGGGUGGUCGGGCAAGUAGCCUGGACAGUGAGAGCUCUCCAGACUCAUGGCACAGCACCCAGGUGCCCCGAAAGUCUGUAUACGAUCAGCUGAACCAGAUCCUGGUCUCAGACGAGCAGCUCCCCGAGAGCAUUGUGCUGGUGAAUGUCGCCGAGUGGCAGGGGCAGUACGUGAGUGAGCAGCUCCAGGCGCACAAGCAGUUGGUUGUAUCCACCUGCUCCGUGGCGGACAUCCAGGCAGCCUUCAACACCACUGUUUCCCGCAUCCAGCGAUACUGUAACUGUAACUCCCACAUGCCUCCCCCUGUGAAGGUGGUGGUGGCGGGGGACCAGAGCUACCUGAGCGUUGUCCUCCGUUUCUUCGUGGAGCAGCUGGCCAGCAAAACACCCGACUGGCUCAACUACCUUCGCUUCCUGCUUGUGCCGCUGGGUGAGAGCCACUGGGAGCCCGGCUCCUGG